UUUAUGGCAGAUGGUUAACCCAGCUUAUUAUGGCUUAGAGGUUGCAGAACCUGGGAUUCUAAAUUCUUAUUUGUCUAGCUUGGUGCAAAGCACAUUUGAGGAUCUAGAAGAUAGUGGAUGCAUCAAGAUUACUGACGAUAGUGUCGAACCACUGAUGUUGGGCUCAAUAGCAUCUCAAUAUUAUCUCAAGUACACCACUGUAUCAAUGUUUGGCUCAAAAAUAGGACCUGAUACAUCUCUCGAGGUUUUCCUACAAAUACUAUCUGGUGCUUCAGAAUACGAUGAGCUCCCCGUGAGGCAUAAUGAGGAAAACUACAAUGAAAAAUUAUCAGAGAAAGUUCCAUAUGCUGUCGACCACAGUCGCCUAGAUGACCCUCAUGUGAAAGCAAAUUUGCUCUUUCAGGCUCAUUUUUCCCAAUCAGAGCUACCAAUCAGCGAUUAUGUCACAGACUUGAAGUCUGUGCUGGAUCAAAGUAUACGUGUUAUUCAGGCCAUGAUAGAUAUUUGUGCUAAUAGUGGAUGGCUGUCAAGUACCAUUACCUGUAUGCAUCUGUUGCAAAUGGUCAUGCAGGUCUUUCUACUGCUUGCAAAGCUUUCUUUAUCUAUUAACUGUAACAUGGACUACUAUUUAUAUACUCCAUUUUAAUUUAAAUGAACUUAU